AUGUACACCUCCACCAUUCUCUCUUCCAUCCUCUUCUCCGCCGCUGCUCUGGCCGCGCCGACCACCAACCCAAACCACCCCUCCUCCUCCGCCACCAUCUCCACCCAAACCGACACCAGCUCCAUCGACAAUGUCCUUCCUCCCAUCGUCCCCGUCAACACCCGCGCCGGCAACGCAGACCUUAUCACAAAGCUCAUGACCGCACCCACCCAGCAAGAGCGCGUCCGCCUCCUCAACCAGCCCGGCGACUUCGUCUUCGACUUCAACGACUCCGGCGCCCCCGAGGGCUCCGAGUCCCGCGGCAAGGGUGGCUUCUCCACCUCCGCCACGGCAAAGACCUUCCCGGCCCUCAUCGGCAACGGCGCCGCCAUGACCCUCGGCUUCCUCGGCCCCUGCGGCAUGAACACGGCCCACGUCCACAACCGCGCCACCGAGCUCAACGUGAUCGUCAAGGGCCGCCUUGUCACCAACUUCGUCGUCGAGAACGGCCUCGACCCCAUCGCCAACACCAUGGAGACGUAUCAAAUGUCCGUCUUCCCCCAGGGCGCGAUCCACCAGGAGUUCAACCCCGACUGCGAGGAUGCCGUCUUCGUUGCCGGCUUCAACAACGUCGACCCCGGUGUCGAGCAGGUUGCUCAAGCUUUCUUCAACCUCCGCCCGGAUGUCGUCUCUGCCACCCUCGGCGGCGUGCAGACGAUUGACGGUGCCGAUCUUGAGAGCUUCCGUAAGCACAUCCCUGCUAACAUUGCUCUCGGCAUCGACGCCUGCUUGAACAAGUGCGGCAUCAAGCGCAACGCGAAGCGCGACCUCAACGAGAUCUUUGGCGCGCCCCAGAACUAG